AUAUACGAUUCAUAAACUCCAUCCUAUAUCCCACAACCUACCAUCCCAUACAACUCCCAAAAUGCGAUCCAAGUUUAAGGACGAGCACCCGUUCGAGAAGCGCAAGGCCGAGGCCGAGCGCAUUCGCCAGAAGUACAACGAUCGCAUUCCUGUGAUCUGCGAGAAGGUCGAGAAGUCUGACAUCGCGACCAUCGACAAGAAGAAGUACCUCGUCCCGGCCGACCUCACCGUCGGCCAGUUCGUGUACGUCAUCCGCAAGAGGAUUAAGCUCUCCCCCGAGAAGGCUAUCUUCAUCUUCGUGGAUGAAGUCCUUCCCCCAACAGCCGCUCUCAUGAGCUCGAUAUACGAGGAGCACAAGGAUGAGGACGGUUUCCUAUACAUCACCUACUCCGGCGAGAAUACCUUUGGCGAGGAAGCAUAAGCGCCUUUAUCUACAACCGCGGCCUCUCUGUUAUAUUAAGUUACCGUCACCGAGGGCGUGGUGAUUUGGGAUGGGCGUUCUGGCUUGCUUGGGCUUUGACAGUUUCUCAUGAUGUAUGGAUUUGACACGCACAGCACACUCCAGGGAACGCGACACAACGCAGACUAUUUGAUCUUCGAUACGAUUUCAGGAAGUCCACCGAAUGAAUGGCUUGGACACUCCGACGAAGGCUCUGAAGAGCUCUGCGGCGGGAGGAGUGGCUGUGCCUGCAUGACUGAGUGAGGUGGAUUGGGUUGAUAUUAUGGAUCGCACACUGAUUGAAUGUUGCAUUCCCGUCAUUUCCUGCAUACUCAACCUCACAAUAAAUGAAUCGGCUUCUUCUGACAUGAACUACGUCCUUGUACUUGCAUUGC